GCAUGUACCUGUGUGACUGCACUGUUUUCAGGUUUACCUGCUGAGCUGGGAUGUGUUCUGGGAUCUCACGAGUAACCUGAUCAUCUCCGGCUGCGACUCCAUGCUCACUGUGCUGGGGAUGAGUGCUGUUAUCUCCUCUGUUGCACAUUACCUGGGUCUCAGCAUCCUGGCUUUCAUAGGUUCGACUGAGGAGGAGGACAAGCGGUUGGGCUUUGUGGCUCCUGUCCUGUUUUUCAUCCUGGCUCUUCAGACUGGCCUCAGCAGCCUGGAACCUGAGGAACGUCUGGUCCGCCUAAGCCGGAACAUGUGCCUUCUGCUGACCGCCAUCCUGCACUUCAUUCAUGGCAUGACUGACCCCGUCCUCAUGUCUCUCAGCGCUUCCCAUGUCUCCUCUUUUCGGCGGCAUUUCCCCGUCCUGCUGGUGUCCCUGGCGCUCUUUGUACUCCCCGUGGUGCUCAGCUACGCCCUCUGGCAUCACUACGUCCUCAACACCUGGCUCUUUGCCGUCACCGCCUUCUGUGUUGAGCUCUGUCUCAAGGUGAGCGCAAACAAUUUAUCUUUGACUGGAAUUGAUGACGUCCAACGUCUCCCACCGUUUUCAGUCUGA